GCAAACGGGUUAAAAAUUGAAAAACCCAAAAAGCACUGUGAAAUCAGUGAGAGAGCAGCUAACUCAGAAAGUUUCCCUAAAGCAGAAAUACAAGCGGUUGAACCUGGAUUCGAAAAACUGCGUAGAAACCAAAUCGGAAGAUGAAGCGAAAGAAAAAACAAAGAAAAAUGCAAAGCUGAUAAACAUUUUGAACGUCCAGACUUUUAGCUUCCUCUGUAGUUUAAGAAUACUGGUACCUUAAACGCGUUGAUUCGCAAAAAGCACCUAAAAUUGAGAAUUUACUGGCAGAACCCAUUAUGGAAAAUUCUGCAAAAGAGCCUUUGCAAAGCAAUGCAAUUACAGACAACUUGUCAACAUCAGUAGUUUCCAACCGCAUAAUUGUAAAGGCAAUGGUACAUAAUAAUGCUAAUGGAGAGAAAGAAGCAGCAAUAAUAUCAAGUACACCAAUCGAGAAGUCCAUACAUAAUUGUGAAACUUAUAUCGCUGCCAGAUGUGAACCUAAUGAUUUAUCUCCAGAUAAAUGCGACAUUUAUUUGCUAAAUAAAUCGGAAUCGUCAACUCCCGAAGUCAGUACAAGUUAUUCAGACCAUUACGAUUGGCCUGAGAUAAAUGUUGAAGAUACAAAACGGGAAAAAAUCCGUAUUAUUCGGAAUAUUGCGGUAAGUUCAACGAUUCCAAAUAAUGCGGUUUGCAAAAUGUGUAAACACAUUCUGCUGGUUUAAGAACGAUUUUUAGCCAGUCUAACUAAAACCGUCAAUG